CUCUGAUGGUUUAUGAUUUCAAUUGAAUUGUUUAUUCUCCACCCUGAACAUGUUUAGUUCACUGCUACUGUACUAUUAAUCUGUGGUCUAUGUUUUCUUUGAUUUUCUUUGUUUUAUUCUUUCUUGCAGAGCAAUAUGAUGAAGAGGAGGAAGACAUUGUGGACAUCAAGGUGGAGCAACUGGAUCGCCCGCCGCUUCCACCGCGUCAGGUCAUCGGACCUGACGAACAUGGGUUCAAGCGCUACGUAGACUAUUCUUGGGUGGGGAAUCGCAAGGUCCGGACAGUGACCACCACGCGAGUGCACAAGAUAGCAACCGUGCGCGUUAGCAAAAGGGUUCUGGAACGCCGUAAGACCUGGUGUAAGUUUGGAGAUGCGGAGAACGAUGACAGGGAGAUAGCGAAGAUCCGGCUUCUAAGGACAAGUACAUCCGGCAUCGUGAAGCUUGAGAGGCCCCCAAACUUCAUCCCAUCAGCCAGUGUCCCUUCAGCCCCUAGGCUGUCGCCGACGAAGGCAGCCUCGGCUGCACGCGAACAAGUUCUUGCAAAGGGAGGACCGGCCGUGGCUGCUGCCAGGGCGGCUGCGGCAGCGGGAGCUGAAGCCCGCGGACUCGACGUUUACCCAGGCGAUACCAAGACAGAGAGUGAGUGCUUCGUGGUCAGGAUUGAUCAGUUACCGUUGGAGUCCACAGAAGACAAUGUUCGCGUGCUGAUGGAGCAGUUCGGUGGGGUGAAGCAUGUGUUCAUUGCAAGACACCCGAGGACCAGAGCGUCUCUUCGGUAUGCGUUCGUCUACUUCUUCGAGAAGGAAGAUGGAGAAGCAGCGGUCGAAGCUCUCUCUGAUGGGCUGGAAGCAAGGGUGGUCGGGAUGCUUACAUGUUAAACUGUCCGGUGGGAAUUAGUGUGGCAGUUAGAGGUUACUGAUGUGGGUUGUCCAAUUGGUAUUUCUCUAGAUAAGAGUCCAGUCUUUGUUGUGGUAUAGAGUUCAGUCGUGUUGAGAUGAACUGUCCAGAUAGAGUCCAGUGAUGUUGAGUGAUGUCAGACCACUUGCGAAUGAAGUUGAAUGGUUAUUUGCCUUGUCCGUGUGAUGAAUUUGUGUGAGUUUCGUGGAUACUAUUGUUGUGUUCUUAUCACUUUUAGGAUG